AUGGAGGGCCAGAGUGUGGAGGAGCUGCUGGCAAAGGUGGAGCGGGACGAGGCAGAGAAGCUGCAGCGCAUCACGGUGCACAAGGAGCUAGAGGUAGAAUUUGACUUGGGUAACCUGCUGGCUUUGGACCGGAACCCCCCAACGGGGCUGCGGCACGCGGGAUCUACUCCAGAGGCCGAGCUGCGGGCCCUGGCGCGAGACAACACGCAGCUGCUCAUCAACCAACUGUGGCAGCUGCCCACCGAGCGCGUGGAAGAGGCGCUGGUGGCGCGACUGCCCGAGCCCACCACGCGCCUGCCGCGUGAGAAGCCGGUGCCCCGGCCGCGGCCCCUUACACGCUGGCAGCAGUUUGCACGCCUCAAGGGCAUUCGUCCCAAGAAGAAGACCAAUUUGGUGUGGGACGAGGUGAGCGGUCAGUGGCGGCGUCGCUGGGGCUACCAACGCGCCCGGGACGACACCAAGGAAUGGCUGAUCGAGGUGCCCGGAAGCGCCAACCCCAUGGAGGACCAGUUCGCCAAGCGUGUUCAGGCCAAGAAAGAAAGAGUGGCCAAAAACGAGCUGAACCGGCUGCGGAACCUGGCCCGCGCGCACAAGAUGCAGUUGCCCAGCACGGCCGGCAUGCAUCCUACCGGACACCAGAGUAAGGAGGAGCUGGGCCGCGCCAUGCAAUGGGAGGAGGAGGGUCAGAAUGGCCGAAGGCAGCCCAGGACUAACCCCAGCACUGAAGGAAUGAGCAGAGUGGAAAAGCAGCCGGAGAAAGAGCAGCUCGAGGGCACCCAGGCGAGCAGAGUUCGGAAAGAGGCGACAGUUUCGCGCACCCGCCGCGGACGUGGCCCGGGUUCGGCGCUGCUGGAGCCGGGCUGGGAAGGUGCUGCAGGCGGCUGGGACCCGCGGUCGCUGCAGCCCCAUUGCAGGGGCCAAGGCGUGUGCUGGAGGCGAGGAAAGGCAGGCGGCGCGUGCAGGCCGGGAGGGAGACCCCGGGGUGGGCACGCCAGAGCCUCCGGCAUGAAGCACCAAUAUGCCGAGAAGAAUUGA